AUGAAAUUUACUCCAAAGAAGCCUCACUUCUUUAAACCUAUUUUGCCAAAUUUCAAGCAUGGAAUUAAAAUUCCUGUAGCUUUUUCCAAGCAUCUGAAAGGAUGUAAUCAAGAACAUGCAAUAUUGAGAAAAGCUGGUAAGAAGUGGCAGGUAAAAGUGAACGGACAGUUAUUAGAAGAGGGUUGGGCGAAAUUUGCAAAAGAACAUGAAUUACAGUUGGGAGAUUGCUUGAUUUUCAGACAUGAAGGAAAUUUGGAGUUUGAAGUUUCCAUCUUUGGUUCAAAUCACUUCGAGAGAGAAUACGAACAGACUCGGGAAGGAGGAGAAGAAAUCAAUCAUACUUGCAAGAAAAUUAUAUCACAAGUAAAAACAACUGAAAAGCCAAAGCUCAAUAUCAAGUCACAUGAGAUUGUUCCCAAAGUAGAAGCUGCAGAGAACAUGCCUCUCGGUCGCCCUCAUUUCAUUUAUACUGUCACACCUUAUUGCCUUACAAGGGACCAUGUGCAACUUCCAGUCUCAUUUGCACGGGAAAACAGUCUCACGAACAGGAAAUGUACGAUAACGAUAAGGGAUGAGCAAAGGUCUUGGACAUUUACACUAUAUUCGUCUGGCGCACACACGUACAUUAAAGGCAAAUGGCGUGAAUUCUGCAUUGCAAAUUGCUUGAAGAAAGGAGAUCAGAUAAUGCUUGAGAUAGUUGAAAAUGGAAUGAAUCCUGGUAAAUACACAGUUGUUAACGAAGUUUUUCCCUCUUCAAAUUUUCAAAAUCAAUCUGCUGAGAUAAAUGCUUCUGUAAAACGAUCUCAAGAUUUGAGAGCAAAUGCAUCACUUCAACUCGAAGGGAAGAAGCCUAAUUUGGAUGCUGAAAAAGUUUCAUCCCGAAGGAAAGAAGCAAAUGUACCCGCUUCAACAUCUGCCAAUGCCAACAGUCAAUUUGUUUCUAUUAUCCAGCCUUAUGCUAUCAUCAGAGCUCUUUUCUAUCUUCCGUUGGCUUUUGCAAGACCAAAUGGCUUGAUGAGACGUUGUAAGAUGAUUCUCAAGGAUGAGAAACAGAGAUCAUGGUCAGUGCAACUAGGAGAAGUUGGACCUCGUUUUGCAAUUACCAAGGGAUGGCGACAGUUCAGAGAAGCAAAUGCUGUCCAAGUAGGAGAUACUUAUAAGUUUGAACUCAUUGACAAUGGCACAACACCUGUAGCGUAUUUUCAUCGUACGAGAGAAAAUGCAUCAUUUCAGCCCGAAGGAAAGAAGCCUAAUUUGGACGCAAAAAGAGUUUCAGCCCGAAGUAAUGAAGAAGAUGUAACUGUUUCAACAUGUGCUAAUGCUAACCCUCAAUUUGUCUCUACUAUCAAUCCCUAUUGCAUCUACAGUCCUUUUCUCUAUCUUCCAUCGGCUUUUGCAAAAUCAAAUGGCUUGGUGAAUAGACGUAAUUGUAAGAUGAUUCUCAGAGAUGAGAAACAAAGAUCAUGGUCAGUGCUGCUAGCACCAAUGGGACAUCACAUUGCAAUUACCAAGGGAUGGCGACAGUUCAGAGAAGCAAAUGGUGUCCAAGUCGGAGAUACUUAUAAGUUUGAACUCAUCGACAAUGGCACGAUACCUAUAGCAUAUUUCUAUUGUAAAUAUUCGGGGAAGGAUGGCAAAGCAUCAGAGAAGUCAUUGACAAAUAUAAAUAAGCAGUUAGUGAUAUACAAGGAAAACUAG